CGUUGCGCUUGCGGAUACUGGGUGAGAAUGUCCGACGCCUCCGCACUGUAUCACCGUGAUAUGAAGCAGUCUUUUUGAUCGCUGUUUGCCUACUAUGAUUUUUGAUAUUGGCCGUUUCAGCUCUUCAGCGACUCUCUUCCUACGCUCUGGUGAUAUUUCCAGAGUCAUAGAAUGGCCACCUCUUCAUCCGACGGAGUGACGCCAUCGGCUGCAAGUCCGAACCGUCGGGAAUAUAGCUGACUAAUGUCGGCUUCCUGCCGACGGACCGUGCCGUGCACAGCUGAGUCAUUAAUUGCAUAAUGUCAUUUUCCCCUCCAAUGCAUAACAUCCCGAUCGGGAUAUACUCUCGUGCUUCUCUAGAAGCAUUUUGGAUUGUUGUCAUCCUUCAUCCAUUGGGCCUUCAUCCUCUUCAUCCCUUCCGCGGACAACUUCAAUAUGCAUUAUCCAGUUCAGCCAGACAACUCAGCCCCCCUGUGUCACCGCCUCGCUAUGCAUAUUGCCACCGUUUGCUCUCUUUCACCGUCUUUCCCACUGAUGUCAUCGCAGUGUCCCUUCCAACAAUGAAUCGUAUAUCAUUGGAAGCCACUGAUCUUCCCAGCAUCAUCGGCCAGGGGGUAUGCAGCUCAUCCCAAAAGGUGGCACCAGUAGCUGAUGACGCCCAAUGUGCCGAGUUGCCCGGUAUCCCUUGAGCGGAGGCUGUGUGGCUUUGCCAAAAAGCGUGUCAGGCUCACGACCUGCUGUGCCUGCUGUAUACUAGACCAACAGCUAUCCACGCCAAUACUCGAAAGUGGCGCCUUUCCCGCAGACUAAAAUCUCUUUCGCCCAUCAGCGUACCUAAUCGGUCGACGGAAAGCGGGGAUGGCGAAUGAAUGAAUGUGCCAGCACAGGUUGUCCCAGUCUGACAGACCACACUUGACCUCACCUGCAUAGAGAUGGGAUGGUUUCAUGAGCGACUCCUUGUUGACAUGGCUCAAGGGGAUCCAUUCGUUCCCAACGCUUGACGUCUGGCCACGAUCGCCAUGUUUCAGGGCUAGCGGGAUUGAUUCGUUGCCUGUUAACGCCCAAUGUCUGAGCCCAGGCCCUGAUAGGGCCACCAUCCCCGGAGAG